AUGACUGCCGAUUCAAAGGCCGACCAUGGCAUUGCGCCUCUCCCAGCCGCAGUCGACGCCAAUGUCGUUCAUGAAGCUGCCGCCGCAACAGAGUCGGAGCAGAACAUGACGCUAUUCCAAUCCAUCAAGCUCUACAAGAAAGCCUGUCUUUGGUCUGUCUUUCUGUCCAUGUGCAUCAUCAUGGAGGGCUUCGAUGUUGUCCUUCUCGGCAACCUCUUCGCCUAUCCUCCUUUCCAGCGCAAGUUUGGUGUUGAGCAGCCUGAUGGCACUUACCAGUUGACGGCUGCUUGGCAGUCUGGUCUCUCCAACGGUACUCUAUGUGGUCAGAUCCUCGGUCUCUUCCUCAAUGGUAUCAUUGCCGAUCGCUUCGGUUACCGCAAGACCCUCAUCGGCGCUCUCAUUGGGUGCAUUGGCUUCAUCUUCAUCAUCUUCUUCUCUGAGACGCUUGUCCAGCUCCUUAUUGGAGAGAUCUUCAUCGGUAUUCCCUGGGGUGUCUUCCAGACCCUCACCACCACCUACGCCUCUGAAGUUUGCCCUACCCACCUCCGUGCCUACCUGACCACCUACGUCAACCUCUGCUGGGUCCUCGGCCAGUUCAUCGCUUCUGGUGUCCUCCGUGCCAUGGUCAGUCGCGACGACGUGUGGGGAUACAAGAUCCCCUUUGCUCUUCAGUGGAUGUGGCCUGUCCCUCUCAUCAUCGGAAUCUACCUUGCCCCCGAGUCCCCCUGGUGGCUCGUCCGCAAGGGGCGCCUGGAGGAUGCCAAGGUUUCUCUCCAGCGCCUCACCGCCCGCAACAGCGCCAGCGACUUCAACCCCGACGAGACCAUUUCCAUGAUGGUUCACACCAACGAGAUGGAGAAGGAGGCCCAGUCUGGAACUUCAUAUUUGGACCUCUUCAAGGGUACCAGUCUUCGUCGAACAGAAAUUGUCUGCUGUACAUGGAUGGUUCAGACUCUCUGCGGUUCUACCUUUAUGGGAUACUCUACCUACUUCUACCAGCAGGCGGGUAUGGCUGUUGAGAACAGUUUCUCCAUGUCUCUUGGUCAAUACGCCAUCGGUGCCGUUGGAACUGUCUUUUCAUGGUUCUUGAUGAGCUGGUUCGGCCGCCGCACCCUCUACCUCUACGGGCAACUCGCCAUGUGCGUUGUUCUCUUGAUCAUUGGCUGUGUCGCCUUUGCCGGCAAGGAUAACGUGGCUGCCCAAUGGGUCAUUGGCUCUCUUCUUCUGAUCUACACCUUCACCUACGAUUCGACCGUCGGCCCCGUCAACUACAGUCUCGUCGCCGAGCUGAGCUCCACCCGUCUCCGAACCAAGACCGUCGUCCUAGCCCGAAACGCAUACAACAUUACCGGAAUCAUGACCAACAUCCUCACCCCCCGCAUGUUGAACCCCUCUGCUUGGAACUGGGGUGCCAAGGCUGGCUUCUUCUGGGCCGGAACCUGCUUCCUUUGCGCCAUCUGGACUUAUUUCCGUCUUCCUGAGCCCAAGGGCCGAACUUAUGGUGAGCUUGAUGUGCUCUUCGAGCGUGGUAUCAGUGCUCGCAAGUUCAGCUCUACUGAGGUUGAGCGUGUCGAUGCUGAGCUUGAUAGUGCGACAAAGGAGAAGGCUUCUGCUGUGUAUGUUGAGCAGGUUAACAGCAAUGCUUCAUAA